UAAAGAUUUCCCAUGGUGCAGUUCGUUGGUCGUCAAACCAUCAACAAGCAAUGGACCCGAAUCGUUCUAACGUGUGUAAGUCUUUGAUUGAAGAUUUAGGUUUAGACAGUAGCAUGGAAGAAGUAUGCGAACCAAAAAUUAGUUCUGUGGUAGCAGACGAGGGCGAUAUUCACAGCCUUACCCAAGAAUUAUCUUCAGAGAAUGAAAACAGACUGGCAGACGUUGGCGAGACUCGAACGUCGACCGGCGCGGGAGAAACGAAACUAGAAUCUACUUUCACUAUUGGCAAGAAAGACGACGAUAACAACAACACCAACAAUAACACUAACGACAACAAGAAGAGCGACACAUCCUUUGGUACCAAUGACGACGAUAUUUUACCUCACAAACCGCCGGAUUUUCUUUCGUCUCCAUUCUCGACUGAUUUUCCCUGUGUCCCAAUUCUACCCAGCGUCACUCCAGAUGAGAUUUUGCCAAAGACCACCGAUUCCUCUUCAUCUAAAAGUGAUAACAAAGAUAGCAGUAGCAACAGCACUACCACCACCACCACCACAGCCGCCGCCACCACCACCACCACCACGACCACGACCACCGCCACCACCAGCAACAACAACAACAGCAAUAAUACCAAUAAUGAUUCGAAGAAGACAACAGACAGUAGUAGCGUCCCGGAGAAAAGUUCUUCGAGCCAGUCUGGUAGUUCCGAUGCCAACUGUGCCGCUUCAACGUCGAAGGAUGGUGCCACAUCAAGCAAUGAAGACAAAACCGAUGCGAAACCAACGUCGUCCGAUGAAAAACACAAACUCGAAAAUGCCGACGAGGGAGAUGCCACAUUGGCGAAGCAGAAAAAGGAGAAACACGAAGAACGGUUAAAGAUGCAAGUUCUUGUGUCCAAUUUCUCUGAGGAACAAUUGAACCGUUAUGAGAUGUACAGGAGAGCAGCUUUCCCCAAAGCUGCCAUCAAAAGAUUAAUGCAGUCCAUCACAGGAUCCUCUAUUUCGCAGAAUGUUGUCAUAGCAAUGUCUGGCAUAGCUAAAGUUUUUGUUGGAGAAGUUGUUGAAGAAGCCCUGGAUGUGCUUGAACAGUGGGGUGAGAGUGGACCACUCCAGCCAAAACAUUUGCGUGAGGCAGUCCGCAGACUGAAACAUCAAGGCAUUGUACCGACAACGAAAUUUAAGAAAAGUGCUUUUUUUAGAUAAAUAAAUGAUAUAAAUGACUGCUUUUGUAAAUAAAUAUUUAUUGAAAUUUA